AUGUCGGCCCAGCAGCUAAGCAAGUCGAUCUCGCUCCCCGGGCUCCUCAAGAUCGGGACGGAGAAGCCCAAGGGCUUCACGGGCAAUGCCCGGAAGACGACCCUGGGCUUCAAGACGCCUGGAAACCUCCGCUCGAUGGUGGACCUGAAGAAGACAUCGCUGGUCUCCGAUCAUGGGAGACAGCUUGCCGCGCUCAUGGCAACUGCAGGUUGGCGUGUGGCCUUUGCAGAGCCUCCUCCUCCAGAGGAGGUGAAGGAGGAGGACCUCAUCCCAAAGAACAUGCGCUACCCGCGGAUCACGCCAGCAUGGCUAAAGCACGAGAAGCAGGUCUUGCGAUUCUACGCCUUCUUUCAGGAGUCUGUCCCCGAACGCUGGGAUGAGAACAGCCGCUACCGCCAUGUGUACGUCAUGUACUUCAUGGAGGAUGGGACGAUCGGCGUCAAUGAGCCCAAGGUGGAAAACUCGGGACUGACACAAGGAACCUUCAUGAAGCGCCAGCGCAUCCUCAACGAGGAUGGGGUCCCCAUUGGCCCGGACGACAUGCGGGUCGGCCACGACUUGACACUCCAUGGCCGGACCUAUCACAUCAGUGGCUGCGAUCGUUUUACCCGCUGGUUCUUCGAGGAGAAUGGCAUUGAGCUGGCGGAGGACGAAGACGUGCCGACCGACCACUGGCAGAAGGGCUACCGCACGUCGCAGGUCUUCGCCAGGGGCGGCGCGCCGCUGACCCGCGCAGCGGUGGAAGACAAGGCGAUCCAGCGGGCCCUAGGUGGCAUCCCUCCCAUUGACAAGAAGCUCGCUCAGUUCCUGCUCAAUGAUCGGAAGGUGCUGCGCUUCAAGGGCUACUGGGACGACCACACGCCUUAUGGAUCCCGAGUGUACUUCAUCAUCCACUACUACCUUGCCGACAACACGUGCGAGAUCAACGAGGCCCACUGCCGCAACUCCGGGCGCGCAAAGUGGCCGGUCUUCAUGAAGCGAGGGCCUUUGCGAAAGAGUAACUUCAUCAACGCCACCCCGGGCAUGCUCUCCUGCGAGGCACCGCGCUACCUGCCCGAGGACCUGAAGGUGGGAGACUCCAUCAACGUGUGGGGCCGGACGGUGGUACUUUGGGACUGCGACGAUUUCACCCGGAGCUUCUACAAGGAUUACCUGGGCAUCGACCAGGCCUCAACACGAAUCGACGUCUCCGAGAAGCCGCUGACGCACGCCAAGCUCCAUCCGCCACCCCACUGCGGCGUGGGUAAGGAGGAGGAUUCCUUGCUGAAUUGCAGCAUGAUCCAGCCCAAGCCGCCCAAGGUUGACUUGGAGCGAAUGAUGAAGCUCACUGGGGAAGUCUUGCGUUUCGAGUGCAAGAUGAUCAACGGGGAGCCUGAAGAUGAAUUGCGCCGCUUAGUCAUCGCCUACUACGCGGCCGAUGGCGACAUCGCGGUCUUCGAGGUCCCCGUUCGCAACAGCGGCCACAUGGGGGGCAAGUUUGCGGAUAAGAGGCGCAUCAAGAAUCCGGACACAGGCCUCCCAUUCCAACUCUCGGACUUCUACGUCGGCCAAGUGGUCACCAUUGCGGCGCAGCCGCUGCAAAUCAUACGAGCUGACGAGCGGUGCCUUCAAUUCUUGGAGGCGCGGCCGAGGCAGUUCCCCUUUGCAGAUGCGAAGGCCUGCGCGAAGAAACUCCUUCCGCUGGCAGAGAAUUCUGAGCUGCAGAGCGAUGAAGGAGUGCACCCUGACCGGCUAAAGGAUCUGGCGUCCGAGGCAGGAAUCCCCCUGGUCGAUCACGAGAUCGUGACGCUCUUGCGCCGCUUCGGCGUCCCAGGUGAGAAGGAGUCCGAUCAGCCCAAGAUCAUUGGCCAAGACCUCCUCUUCUUCGCGAAGAACUUGGACUGA